UGUAGCUGUAGCCGCCAUGGAGCGGGCAGAGGGCCGGCCCGGCGCCCCCCAGUACGUGCAUGUGCAGCUGCAGGGGGGCGCGCCCUGGGGCUUCACGCUGCGCGGCGGGCUAGAGCACGGUGAGCCCCUCAUCGUCUCCAAGGUAGGAAUCGCCGUCAGAGCCCCGCGUGGGCUCCGCGACAUCCCCCCGCGAGGGGCCUCCCGCCCGUGGCGGGGCGCGGGAGAUGGGAGGACACCCGGGGCGCGGCGGCGUCGGGGGUGCGGGGAGCCCCGGCCGCGGGGUCUUGCGUCCUGGCGCGGCGGGACGGGGACGGCCACUCGCACCUACGAUCUCCCCGGCCCUCCACUUAGAGUCGCAGUGAAGAGUGAGAGCGAGGGGGGCGGCGGGACAGCCCGGGCCCGGCGGCAGGAAGAAAUUCCUCUGGCACAUCCGUUGGGCUGGCGUCGGGGGCGGCCCUCCCAUUCUCUUUCACGUCUUUCCCGGUCCCGUCCCGCGGGCUGUAGCCGUGGGAGGUCAGCCCCCUGUGUGCCUGUCCGUCGGUGCCGCGCCCACGGGCGUUCCGGGCACCAGACUCUGCGGGGACGUUUAGUGCCACGGUGGGGGAACCAUAGUCCGUCCCGUCAUGCCCCGGCACCCCUGGAACGCAGGGGCAGGACCGUGCCCGGGACGGGGUUGGCGCCGGGGUGCGAUGCCGAGCGGAGCCCGGCCGCAGUCGGGAGCAAAUGGCGAGGGUGAUCCCCGCGGCCCCGAAGUCUCGCCACACAGAGGGUCACCGAUUCCCGCGGCCCCGCCAGCGCCUCGUUCCGCGGGGAGACUCGUGGGGAGACCCGCAAGGAGCAGAACAGCGGCCAGGGGAGCUCCAAUAGCCACCCCUCCGGGGAGCCCGGACGGGGCCCUGUCGCCGGACGAUUUGGCCGCCUGCCCGCCCGGUGUCGCCGUCCUGCUGAGCCGGGGUGCGGCGGGCCGGGCUGGCGGCCCCGGGGCUGCUCCAUGCCUCGAGCCGGGCCGACUGCGCCCCCGGGCCGUUCCACGCCCUCGGCGGGACGCGGCCAGCGCGGUCUGGCUGGGGGAGCUGGAAAAGUGGCUCCGAUCCCAGCCCUGCGCCCUGAGAUGGCACCGCCGGCGGGUGGGGAGCCGGGCGCCGAAGGAGUAACUGCCCGCGUCCCCACUCGCUGCUGGCCUUCGGGAUGAUGGGUCCCCGUGGGUCCGCCGGUUGCCGGAGGAGGGGAUGUUCCUCACUCACCCCUUUUGAGAAGGGGACUGGCUUGCGGGCCGCGGGGUGUCGGCCCCCGCGCUCCCACGGACACGCCGCCACCGCGUGUGCUCGGUAGACAAAAGGGGCUUGUUCCAGCGCUUUAUGCAUUCAGGGGAGGGUCCCCCGGGGUCACCGCUCCGCCGCUGCGGCCGGCCGAGGUGUGUGCGAAGAGGGGGCGGCCCUCGCCUGUGGCGUGGGGGGAUGACCGCCAGAAAGAGGAAGGGCGUCCCCGUACACGAUGACUGAGUUUGGCCUCUGAGCCCACUCCGGGCAGGAUCCCUUUCUGUGGCAGAGUCCCACGGCAUGCUCACAUGCGAUCUUAAGCCUUCCAUGGGGCUGAAAACGGCCUCCGGCACAGGCUUCCCUGAGCACGUCAGGGGCAAGGAGGGAAGUUGGUGUGGCGCAGGGUGAGCACAGCUCUGGCACUUUUCUGGUUGUGAGUCCUAAGACAAGUUUCUCCUGAGACAGGCAAACAUUUCCGUGAGCCAUCUGGUGCCCACCAUCAGGGCCCAGAGUGAACUCCAGGGAUGGUGUUUGGGAAGCGUCCUGGGCUGGCUCAGCCAGGCAGGGCAGCAGGCAGUGGCGUUUAGUUGCCAAUGCUGAGUUCAUUGGUGGCAAAGGCAGAACAAGGAGCUGUUGUGCCAAAUUUAGCUCCUCGUGAGCAAUGCCGGGGCUGAGCCUGUCCAUCCUAGUGCAUGUGAUGGCCCAGACAUGGGUGCAGACCUGGUGGUGUCCUGCAGCAAGUGAGGACACCUUUCAUCUCUGGCUCAUCCCCAUGGCGGUGGCAGGCAGGACUGGUGGGCACGUGUCUGGACAGAGGUCUGAGGUGAAGGUGCAGCCUGCCUUGCAUGCUCUGCUGGUGCCUGGUGGUGGGCAGCAGCAUGGCAAGGGGUAAACCCAGGUGCUCCACUGACUGCAUGGUAGGACUGGGAGCCCUUACAGACAGUCAAGGUCCCCUGCCAGGAAGGCAGCCCCAUGGCUGACAUCUGAGUAGGAGGGCAGCCUGCCUGCACAGGCAGGCACACUGGGCUGUGUCUAGCCUGGGUAUGGCAUUGCAGUGCUAAGAUUCUUGGAAAAAUGGGAGAGCUGUUGGUUCUGGGCACACCUGUGCCAGGCAAAGCCAUGGGGCAGUGGUGCGCUGGGCAGGAGGCUUGGCUGCCCCUGCCUUUCUCCCUCCUAAGGUGACAUUUUGUCCAGGGGUAGUGGAAUGCCCCCUGAGCCCUGCCCAGCAUUAGGGCUGGAAAGUGGUGCCCAGGGGCACAUGCACAAUGACUGACCUGCUAGGAAGCCAUGUGUGCUCCCUGGCACUGAGGUCUGGCUGCUGCCCAAACUGGUCCUACAGGCACUGUGAGCAGAGCUCAUUCCCUGGCCAGGCCUGGGAGCAACUGGGCAGGGUGAAGGGCCCAUGGGCAGGGUGGGUGCAGGAGCCCCAGCAUGGAGCCAGGUUAGCUCUGCCCUGUGGGUGGCUAUAGGGUCUUGCCACAUCUACAGUCAGCAUGGGGCACCCCAGGUCCUGCCCCAUGCACCUGCAUACCCUGUGCUACUGCCACCAUGGAGAAGCAGCUCCAGUCGCUUGCCAGCUCUGUGGUGUGGAGUUGGCAAUCCCUGGCCAUUACAGUGGCAGGAUGGGUAGAGAUCAGUGCUGGCAAUGGACACUGCCUAGCCCAGCCGGGCACUGCUUUUCCCAGGGCUGCCAGGACUGCACCUACCAGCUAGGGCAGAGGGCAUGGGCCAGGAUCUCAUGUGCUGGCAGCACCAUGGCUAUACUUCCUCCAAGCACAGCAAUACAGAGUAACAGGUUCAUUUUGGCCAUGGGUGUCAGGGAGGGUAGGCAUGUGCCAGGGCUCAGCACUUCCCCUACUAUUGUCUCCUAUGUGCACAUAGGGUGGGAUGGCAUCCUUUGGGCAUUGAAAUCACCACGGGUGCCCAGACAGGCUCAAUGUGGGGUUGGAAGCAGCAGCAGGGGGCUGGCAUCCAUGCUGGACAAAGGGCCCUUGUGCUGCCUGUGAGGGAAUCUGCUGGGAUGGGACAUUUUUCUUUCUCUCCCCUCUGUGAUGCCCUUGCUCAGAAAUUCAUGUGACCAGAGAAGGGGGAGAGCCUGGCCCCACAGAUCCCUCUGUGGUGCCUGGGGCUCAGGCACCUUCUCUAAAGCCUCUUUCUCCCCUGACACACGGCGGCCAUGGAACAUCCCCUGGGAUAUUCUGGGGGCUGUGCUCCCUUUGAUGCCCCUCUCUGUCACCCAGGUGGAGGAUGGGGGCAAGGCUGCACUGUCCCGCCGGCUGCAGCCAGGUGAUGAGCUGGUGAACAUCAGCGGGACGCCGCUGUACGGAUCCCGCCAGGAGGCCCUCAUCCUCAUCAAGGGCUCCUACCGCACUCUGAAGAUGGUUGUUCGCAGCAGAGCCAAGGCAGUGCAUCGGGCUCACCACCCCCUCGCUGGGCGGUAUCCUCAAGCGUGGCCGCUCCUCUCCCUUCCUGCCUGCUUGCCUGCCUCCUGCCUGCCUGCUUGCCUGGGAAAGGAAGGAGAGGCAGGGCUGGGCCUUGCAGUCCCUUCCCACCCCAGCCCCUCCAGCUGCAUCCAUUCCCUGGCUGCAUCCUGACUGACUCCAGCUCCAGCAGCACUCAGGGGCAGGGACGGCGCAAGGGCACUGCCCAAGGGGCAGGGGUCCCACGGGACUGUGCUGGGGCUCGGCAUCAUCCAUGGAGGAGCGUGCCCGUCUUCCGGCCCCAUUCCUGGCAUGUGGCCAAACUUGCCGAAAGCCGCGCAGACGUCCCCACCAUGCACUGCCUGGCUGAUGCCUUCAGCCUCUCCUGGCCUUCGGGUUGUGAUGUCAGCACUGACCGGAGCAGCUCCAUCGGGAGUAUGGAGAGCCUGGACCAUCCCAGCCAGGCCUGCUAUGAAGGAGACCCCUCACCCAUUGACCAGGGCAUGUACCACAGCAAGCGGGACUCGGCCUACAGCUCCUUCUCUGCCAGCUCCAUUGCCUCUGACUGCACCCUCUCUCUCCGUCUUGAAGAGACCGUGUCCAUUGAUUCCAGCCUCCAAGGCCCCUGCAAAGCCCCUGACAGGCGCUACCUGACCACAGGGACUGAGCCGUCUGCCAGCUGGCACCCUGAGGCCUGGCGGGCACCAGUGCCCCCCCAGCCCCCUGUCAGGAGGGACAGCCUGCGAGCAGCCCCAGCUGGCAGAGGGGACAGGUGCCAGGCCUCAGUGUCAGCGGAUAUGCUGCAUGCCAAGGGCCGGUGGAUCUCUGACACCUUCCUCUGCCAGCGGGAUGGGGAGGCAGAAGUAGUGGGCAGGAGGAAACUGGCGCCAUACCCCACAAAGGACUGUCUCUCUGCUGACCAGUAUUACAUGCUGAGCUCCCACCCGGACCGUUGCCCAGCUGAGCCACUCCUGGGGGAGAGCAUGGAGUCUGACAACCAGCCAUACGUGGAUGACAGCAUGCACCAAGUGCCUGAUGCCACAACAGCAGAUGACAACCCAUUGCUGUCCCCUCUCAAGGGCCUCGUGUCGCACCGUCACAGUGCUCCUGAGCAACUGCUGGCCUCCCAGUUCCGCUCUCUCCAGCUGGGCACCAACAGCGGGCGAGCUUCUCCAGCCCCCAGUGGGCAACACUGGACCUUGUCCCCACUGCAUCCUGAGGGCAGCCGAGGGGGAACCACAGGGGCUGCCCGGGAUCCCCUGCACUGCCCAGAGCCUUGCUGCCGCCCACUGCCCUGCCGCUGCUGCCCUGAGCUGCAGCAAGCCUGCGGGCCGGAUGGCCAGGGGGCUGGCCCAGUACUCAGCACUGAGGGCCCAGUGGAGGAGGAGAGCCAGGGAGGGGCCCGGCGGGCUGGGGGUCCUCCCCACCGCUCUGCUCAGAUGCGCCGCCGCAGCGACCGCUUUGCCACCAGCCUGCGCAACGAGAUCCAGUGGCGCAAGGCCCAGCUGCAGAAGAGCCGGGGUCCUGGUGCACCUCCGCCUGGUGAGGAGCCAGUGGAGGAAACUGAGGAGCCCCCAGAGGGCAGUGUACUGGCAGAGCGACACCCUGCCCCGCCUGAGUGUCUCAGCCCUGCACCGAGUGAGGAGAGCAGGAACUCUGGCCGCUCUGCAGAUCAGGGCAUCCCCACCCCUGACCCAGCCCCUAAAGGGCCCUUGUCCCCUGAGCAGAUGGUGCCAAGAGCCAGGGGCCGCUGGCACUGGUCCCCGGAAAACAAGCUGCAGCCACAACACUCGCCCAGCCACAGUGAACUGGAGGGCUACAGCCAGGGCCCGGCGGCCUGCAGCUCCCCACCACGGGGCAGCGACGAAGCGGUCCUGCUGCCCUUUGCCGACCGCCGCCGGUUCUUUGAGGAGAGCAGCCGACUGGCACCACCCCGGCACAGCAAGCCGCCAGCAGGUGAUCCCAGCACCUUCCAGCCCCCUGGCCCUGAGCACCGGGAUGUCUGCCGCCUCUCUGUGGACCAGCCCUACAGCCCACCCUCACCCAGCCGCCCUGGCUCUGCUGGCCCCUAUGCUGAGUGCUGCCGGGAGCAGCCCCACUGUUACAAGCCACUGGGGAGGCCAGGGGAGCUGGAUUACCUGCGGGGCUUCUCCUACCCCUAUGGGGUUCCCCUGCGCCCUGAGCCCUGCCGCUACUGUGGAGGGGACCUGUGCCCGCCACCACGGCCCCGUGGCCACACAUGCCGCUGUCACCCUGUGUCCUGGGUGCGCUGCCCUGACUGCUGCUACCCAGCUACCCAUCCUGGGCGAGAGGAGAGUGAUGCCUGGCCCCCCCGGAGAGCUUUCGUCCCAGAAUUUCCUCAGGAUGAGUGGGAACCACCUGCAAUCACCAGGAAAGUCAGCCAGUCCGUCAGUGAGCUCUCCAGCUACCCACCCGGUUUCCCAAGGCUUGGCCCAUUCCACACCUGCCUUGAGAGCACCGAGCCAGAGUGGCCACCCUGCUACCGGGCCACAUCCACGCAUGACCUCUUGUGGGAUAGUGACCGCCUGGCCCACACCCCUGAGAGCCCCCCGGAUCCGCUGCACCGCCCACUAAGGGGCAGAGCCUUCUCUGAGAGCCAUCUCAACCUGGAACCUUCCAGCCCCUGGGGCUGUGACCAGAAGGACCUUUUCCGUGCCAAGCUGGACCCUCCCAGCAUCCCCAAAAAGAAGGGCCCACCACCUCCCCGCCCACCUCCGCCCAACUGGGAGAAGUACAGACAGCGUCGAGCAUCCCAGCACCCACCAGAUGGUGCUGGGCAUGGCUCUGCCUUCUCUGCUGCCCCAAUGCCAAUCCGCAGCAUUGCUGAGGCAGUGAGGGAGCGGUCACAGAGCCUCACCGGGGAGCAGAAAGGCCAGUCCUGGGGGCACACUGCUUGCCCCCCUGCUCUGUCAGGUGCCUGGCCCCGACCUGAGGCCUCCAGAUCACUCCGCAGGACUCCUGGGCCUGGUGCUGCCAACGCUGAAAUUUGCAGGGUGUCAGGAGCUGGGGAGAAGCAGACAAAGAUGAAGCGGUCUGGGGAGAUGGAGGAGCAGCCCCAAUGGCUCAUCCAGAACCAGGAGCAGGGCCGUGCCAGUCCCCGUGGGGUGGGUGAGUGCUCCCUGUCCCUGCAUUGUGGCUCUGGCCCUGCCCUGCCAGAGGCACUUAAGCCCAGUUCUGGGGCAGUGGAGGGGCUGAGCUGCCAGGGCAGCUGGCCCCAGCCCCGCUGCAUGGACUCCGAGGAACGACUGUGGGAUGUGGCUGUCAGGGACCAUUCCCUGGCCAGUAUCCUGGCCCCCUUGGCUUCCCCUGGCACUGCCAGUGAGGUGAUGGGUGAGCUGCUGGUGGCAGGGGAGCGACAGGCCUGGCGGAAGUGUCUCCAGCAGGACUGGCACCUGGAGGCCCUGGCACAGGACAGGCAAGGUUUUGAGCCCAUCUCGCUGCCUCCCAGGAGUGCUGCCAGCUCCAGUUCCUUGCCAGUGCACUUUGGUGUUGCAGUAGGCAAAACUGAGCCACUCAACAAGGUAAAGGCGCUGCCGGAGGUGGUGGAGGGGAGCUCGGAGGAUGAGGAGGAGGAGGUGGACCAUGAGCUGGUGGAAAAGAAGCUGCAGCUGAUUGAGAGUCUGAGCCGCAAGCUGGUGGUGCUGCAGGAGGCACAACGGGGGCUGCAGGAGGACAUUAGUGCCAAUGGGGCACUGGGUGAAGAUGUGGCUACUCGCCUGCAAGCCCUUUGCACCCCAGGGGAGUUUGACAAGUACCGCCUCUUCGUGGGUGACCUGGACAAGGUGGUCAACCUCCUGCUCUCCCUCUCGGGUCGCCUGGCCCGGGUGGAAACUGCCCUGGGCAGCCUCGGGCCGCACACCCCUGCUGAGGACAAGCUGGCCCUGCGGGAGAAGCAGCGGCUGCUGGUGGCACAGCUGGAGGAUGCCAAAGAGCUGAAGGAGCAUGUGGGGCGGCGUGAGGAGGCAGUGGGUGCCAUGGUGGCACGGUACCUGCCCCCCGAGCACCUCCAGGAUUACCAGCACUUCGUCAAGAUGAAGUCGGCCCUCAUUGCUGAGCAGAGGGAGCUGGAAGAGAAGAUCAAGCUGGGCCAGGAACAGCUCAGGUGCCUGCGUGAGAGCCUUGGCCAGGCCUCCAAGGACUGCUAGCCCCCCACCCAUUCUCCCUCCGGGAUCCUGGCUGUGAUCCCAGAUUGCCGCCAAAGAGGAUCCAGCUCCUUGUGGAUUCUCCCCUGUGUCUGUUCAUCUGUCCAGCCCCUGCCUUUUAUUUAUUUUUCUGAUUUACCAAGCAGGGGAGGGGGUUGCCUGUCCAGGUGCUGACAGGAGUUGUUGUGCUACAGAGCUGUCAUGGGCUCUGGUCACUCAGCAGCCUGUGGCCCAGCAAGACCAGAUGGAUGGAUGCUACCACCACUCUCAUGGGUCUGUGCCCAUGAGGUCCCUCCAACUUGUCCUGGACACCAGUGCCUGUCUUGUAUCUGGUGCUGCACCACAUGCCUUAAACAUCCCCCAGCUACUAUUCAUGCAGCAUCUGAAAGGCUUAAACAGUGCUCACUGGCUGUCCUGUCUGUUUGCCCAGCUCUGUCCAUCUGUGUGGGAGGCGGGGGGAGCUGAAGGAAUUUCAGCCCCAGCAUCCUCUUCCUCCUCAUUGUGUCAGAAACAGUGGCCCCAGCCAGCAGGUUCUUAACCCACUCCCUGCUGGCUGAGGGACCACAGGGGGCCGAGGUGAGUGCCAGUAGGUGUUGUGUACCUGUGUCUUGGCAUGGUACCCUGCCAGGGCAUGGAUGCUGGGACAAAUACACUGAGGCCUGUGCUACUCUCUGUCACCAAUGGUGUGGGCAUGGAGACAACCCAGCCUCAACCAGCCCUCACCUGUAGCAUCUAGCUCAACACCAGGAGCGAUUAAUAGAGGAAAAACCACAUUAAGGACAAAACGGGGUACCUGUCCCCUCCUUUCUGCUGCAACAGCCACAAAUAGCACUUAGAUGUCACCCCCGCCACUGUCCACCUGUCUCCAUGGCAUGAGCAGGUGCCUUCAUACUGAUUUUGCAGAGGGGUUUAAUGCAACCAGCGGGAGCUUGGGGCAGGGGGUAAACGUUUUGGGGAGGCGCGUAGGCAGCAGUGCUUUGGUGUGGCCAUAGCUGGACAACCCAGCCCAGGGUUGAGGCAGCAUUCAUGCCUGCCUGUGAGCUCCAGCAGCAGCCCUGCUGUGUUGCUACCCCUGCUCUGGGCUACCCUUUAGCCUGUUAAACACUACACUACACUUCACACAUGCCUGGCUGUACUAUGGGAUGGUGCCUGGCAGGAGUGGGGUCCUCAACAUUCCCUCCAUCUCAACCACCCCAGGAUCAUUGCUAGGACCAAAGACUGCACCCCCUGGGGGCCAUGCUGCUCUCGUGGUGGGUUUCAGCAGCCCUGCACAGGGCCCUGUGCUGGAGGAGCUGCCAGCGCCUGCAUGUUGCUGCAUGCCAUUGUAUCUCU